GCCCAGCAUGGUGGUGGCCAGCGGUCCGGCUCCGCCGCCGAGCCGCCUAGGAGCCGCCGCCCGGCUUGGCGCUCAGCCCCGGCGCGACUGCGCCAUGGCCGCUGGACCUGCACACCCUGCUGGGCGCUCCUGUGCACAGAUGCCUCACCUGAGCAAGAUGGAGCGGAUGGUGUUGAGUAUGCAGGACCCCGACCAGGGCGUGAAGAUGGGGGGCCAGCGGCUGCUCAUCACAGUCAUUCCUCACGCGGUGACUGGCAACGACAUCGUGGAGUGGCUGAUCCAGAAGUACUGCAUCUCAGAGGAGGAGGCCCUGCACCUGGGCCUCCUGCUGCUGCGGCACGGCUACCUGUAUCCGCUCCGCGCGCCCUGCAGCCUCGUGCUCCAGCUCGACGGCACACUCUACAGGUUCCAGACACCCUAUUUUUGGACAAGCACUCUGUGGCUGGCUACUGAGCUGGACUAUGCCAUCUACCUGGCCAAGAAGAACAUGCAAAACCAGGGGGCCCUGGCCAACCAUGAGAAGGAGCACUAUGACCAGCUGCACCGGAAAAUCGGCCACACGUGGGACCUGGUAGUGAUGCAGGCAAGAGAACAGCUGCGGGCAGCCAAGCAGCGCAAGAAAGGGGACAGGCUCGUCAUUGCGUGCCAGGAGCAGACGUACUGGCUGGUGAACAGGCCCCCGCCUGGGGUCCCCAGCGUGCUGGAGCAGGGUCCGGAGAGGGGAGCCUACAUUGUCAGGCGAGAGCAGAUGACCAAGAACAUGGAUUUCUAUAAAUGGGAGAUCGAGUACUGCAGGAAGGCGCUGGGCAGGAUCCGGGUGAAGUCCUCCGUCUGCCUUGAGGCGUACCUGAAGUUCAGCAGCCAGCACGGGCCACAUGACCCCAUCACGUCAGGGUGCCUGCCCAGCAACCCCUGGAUCACAGACGAUGACACCUACUGGGCCAUGAACACAUCCAGUGUGGCCGUACCCACAAAGCUCCGUGUAGAGCGAUGGGGCUUCAGCUUCCGGGAACUCCUGGAAGACCCUGUGGGCCGGGCCCAUUUCAUGGACUUUCUCAGGAAAGAGUUCAGUGCCGAGAACCUCAGCUUCUGGGAGGCGUGUGAGGAGCUGCGCCACGGAGGGCAGGCCCAGGUCCCUGCCCUGGCGGACUCCGUGUACCAGCAAUUCCUGGCCCCUGGCGCUGCCCGCUGGGUCAACAUUGACAGCCAGACAAUGGAGCUGACCCUGGAGGGCCUGUGCCGACCCCACCGCUACGUGCUGGACGAUGCCCAGAUGCACAUCUACAUGCUGAUGAAGAAGGACUCCUACCCAAGGUUCCUGAAAUCGGACAUGUACAAAGCUGUGCAGGCAGAGGCUGUGAUCCCCCUGGAGACAAGGAGACGAGUGUUCCCGUUCCUGUGGAGGCCGCGACAUUUGAGCCCCAGACCUGCUUUGCUUCCUGCCUCCGCCUCUGCCUCGGGGGACACUGCAGCUGCUGCCCACGGCCCUGGGGGUGGUGAUGGGGAGGCGUAGUUGGGCCCGAGCCUGGAGGAAGAAGUGACCGGCCUCGCCUCUUGUCACCCUUUUCUAGCCUAGGGUCCUGGCAGAGGCCAGACCCCCAGCAUGGGCACCCCUUGUGCACGGAGGGGCUGGCCUUGCUGUGGGGCACUCAGGUCUCUCAGGAUUCCAGGUGCCGACUUCCAGGGAGGGGUGUCAUUGGCUGAGCUUGGGUCACCUGGCGAAAGGUGGGACGAGAUGGGCUAACCAGACGAAGGCCACGCUCCUGGUAUCAUGGUCUUCAGUUCGGUGCUAGAUGCCCACCUCCUCCCCAGAACCAUUACAUCGGUAGGGGGGCACCUGGCAGCCGGACGCACAGACAGGUGGUCCCCAGCAGGAGGAAACUACCCACACUGCAAAGCUAAACUACCCACUCCCCUUUGCCAGCGACUCCCAUGGGCCCCCACAGAGCCGCCUGAAUUUUGCUGGGGCUGUGCCCAGCCUUCCAAUGAGUACAGAGCUGUGCCCACAGGUGCUGUCCUGACCUUCACCGUCACUGCGCAUUGCAGACCUGUCACGAAGGGGCACCUCUCUGGUCUUCUCAAGUCUCCCGAGGCCAUGGCUUCUGUGCCAGUUGUGCAGAGACGACUCCUACAUUGUCGCCCCUCUGACAACUGUCCCAGUUCUGGUCCUGCCUGGGAGGGCAGGGGCAGGCGCCCUCACCUCGGAGGGCCCCACCUUCCCCUAGACUCAGGGUGAAGGGACACCACUCCUUUGGGGGUGUAGCUCUGGCUCAGCUGAGAAUCUUGUGUCCCUCGGCCAG